CGACUCAUCCCCGAGACACACAGAUCUACGCCUACGCCUACACCUAUACUUAACCUACCCACCCAUCUACGCAGACAACAAUGCCCGUCACCCGAGGGAAGGAGGCCGCGAACCCGCCGCCGUCGGCAUCUGAGCCCGCGGCGGCGCCACCGGACUCGCGGAUCAGCGCCGACGACAGCCGGCGGUACUGGUCGGGGGUCGACGCCGACGUCAACGGCAUGCUGGGCGGGUUCCCGGGGGUGUCCCGGGUCGACCUCCGGGGCUCGCGCAGCUUCCUGGCCAAGCUCGGGCUCGGCCGCACCGGCGGCCGCAAGGCGGUGGCGAGGGCCCUCGAGGGCGGCGCUGGGAUCGGGCGCGUGACGGAGGGGCUGCUGCUGGAGGUGGCGGAGACAGUCGACGUGGUGGAGCCGAUCGCGAAGUUCACGACGGCGCUGGCGGGGCGGGCGGGGGUCGGGCGGGUGUACAACGUCGGGCUGGAGGAGUGGCGGCCGGGCGAGGCGGACGCGGCGCCGCCGCCGUACGACCUCGUCUGGAACCAGUGGUGCCUCGGCCACCUGACCGACCGCCAGCUCGCCGACUACCUGCGCCGCUGCGCCGCCGCGCUCGCCACCGCCCCCGACGGCACCCCCACCGGCCUCAUCGUCGUCAAGGAGAACCUGAGCACCGCCGGCGAGGACCUCUUCGACGAGCUCGACAGCAGCGUCACGAGGCAAGACGAGACGUUCAGGCGGGUUUUCGACAGCGCCGGGUUGCGCAUAGUUAGGACCGAACUGCAGCACGGGUUCCCUGCUGAGCUUUACCCCGUGCGGAUGUACGCGUUAAAGCCUAAAGUCACGGAAUGAAUGUCUUGGACCUCUUCUGGCCCGCAGAUAUCUUUUCUAGGCCUCUCUCAUCGAUAGUUGUAUAUAGUGUCUAUGUAUGUGAAGGUGUGACAUGACCCUCGACGACGAAAGCUUUCCUCCUAUCGCUCACUUACCCUUUCAAAUCCUGCGCAGACCCAUUGCCCUAGU